UCUGAAAAUGAGCAUUUUCAAGCAUAAUAAUCCUUUUAAAGACCUAAAAUCUCUCAAGAGGCCUUCCAAGAAGAGCUCUAAGCCAGUUAAGGAGGAUGAGCAAGUCAAGAUUUCAACAGAGCCAAGUCUGAAGAAGGAUAAGCCGAUCAGCAAGGACACACCAAUGACACUUGAAGAGUUAGAAAAUUGUAGUGAAUUUUGUAUCAAGAUUUGCUACAGAGAAACCAGAACUCAUAUUGAUGAAUUGCCUCUGUAUCUUAACGAGCUUAAAGAUAUCGUAACAGACAGACUCAUCUCAAGUGAGUGAGUUCCGCUAACUUAUGAAGAGUUCGACCUUUUCUUUUAUGAUAUCUCAGGAGAUAAGUGCUUUCUUGAGACAGAUGAUGACCUUCGGUCAGCCUACCGUCUCUUAAAGUACUGCAAUCCUAAAUGACUAAAAGUUGUAGUAAACAUCAGAUGGAGAGGAAGAGUCAAAGGUAAAAGAAUCAACAAGAAGAACAACACAGAAAUUUACUUGCAAAGAUACCAUGAACUAUUUUCUAAAAAGAGAGAAGAUUCAUCUUCAAGCGAUGAAGAAAAUCAGUUUGAGAGGCUUGAUGAAGUUUUCAAGCUUUAUAAGCCCGAGGAGACUAAACAGAUGAUUAUUAGAGAAGGCCUGACUUAUCAGUGAGAAAGAAGGAUGGGUAAUGGAGUAUGCACUUAUACAUGUGAAGAGUUCUAUACUUAUAGAUGCACUGGUAGGUGGAAGGUUAACACUUUGGCUCUUGGAGGAGAAUAUGGGCAACUCGCGCUUAAGCAUUCUUUACCUUAUUGUGAGCAUGCCUGCAUUAGAGAUAAAGAAUCAAUAAAGAAAUUUGCUCGAGCUACUACAAGCUAUAUUGGAGGAGAAUCAAUGCAGUUUACAAGAGAUGAGGUUAAGAGUGUUACCAAAGCUCUCAUAAAGAAAGAUCCGAAUAUGACACCUGCUCAAAUUCUUACACAUAUCAAGUCUGUAGUUCCAAACGCAGAGAUGCCUACUAGAAAAGAAAUAGGAUCUAUUAUAAGUACUGAAAGGGAACUAUUGAUACCAAGUAUGGGUGGUGCUGGAAUGUUUGAUCUUAACAAAAUAAUGACUCUAAGGAAGACUCCUUUUGCCAGAGGUAUGGCUUUUACAAUGGUUGAUUCAAAGCCAAGGCAUUUCCUAUUCCUUCAUUCAGACUUUCAGGAGCAAAUUGUAAAAGAAGUUGCUAAGCAACCUCAUCCUCAUAUCUUCAUUGAUGGUACUUUUAAAUGUUGUCCUCGUCAGUGGCAUCAACUUUUGAAUGUGGCAGUUUAUCAUAGAGAAAAGAAGUUAUACAUCCCGAUUGCCCAUAUCCUGAUGCAGACUAAGAAAUAUGAAGGAUACCAAGUUGCUUUGAAAUGGAUCAAAGAGAAAAUACCUAUUAAACCUGAAUUCAUUACAACAGAUUUUGAGACAAGUUUGAUGGAUGCGAUCAAAAAUGUGUUCCCAUCUGUAGAUAUCGUUCCAUGAUUCUUCCACUUUGCAAAAUCUCUAUGGGUAAAUGCUGGAAUCUGUGGACUUAGGAAGAAGUAUUAUCUUAAAGAUACAAAACAGCUGAUAUUCUCACUAAAAGCUCUAGCCUUCAGACCUCCAGAAACUGUGUAUAAAAGAUUUGAGCUCCUCAAGCUAAAAUAUGGAAGUAAGAACAACUCCUUCACAAGAUAUUUCGAGUACUUUGAGCAUACUUGGAUGGAUAAUGUGUUUAAGAUCAAAGAUUGGAACUAUUUCGAUAAGCUUAACAGAUUUGAAGAGCUUGCGAUCACAAAUAAUGGUCUAGAAUCCUUCCAUCAGAUGAUAAAAUCUCAACUAAGAAGAAUAACUCCUUCAUUUACUGGCUUCAUUGAAGUGAUCGCCAGGGUCGAAACGUUAAGAAAAUGAGAUUAUGAUGAAGACAGACAAUCGGGAGAUCCUCAGUAUAACAGAUGAUGGCCAGCCACUAAGAUCAUGAAUGAACUCUACUGAAAAGAAGUCACAGAGAGAAAAGCGAAAAAGGACCAGAAAAUUGAAGAACCCUCUAAAGAAGAUGAGGAAGAUUUCCCAAAUUAUGUAGAAUAUCAGGGUAACCCAAAGGAUAGUUCUGAGAAAAACAAGAGGGAGUACGCUAAAUUUGAGAGAGAAGUCAACCUUCUGUUUGAAGAAUUUGAGGAAGAAAACAACAGCUUUAUGAGAGACUCCUUAAAACGCAAAGCUGAUAAAGAAGUGCUUGACCUUAAAUCUGAGCAAAAUAAAGAAAAUCUGAUCCUUGAUAGCAGAGUAGAAAGCAAAGCUGAAAUUUAUGAAUCCUUUAUUUCUGCAAAUAGGCCUUCUUUGUUAGAGAAAAUUGAAUUAGCCAAGAAAAUGAAGAUUGAACAAAACCCAAAUCAGGAGACCGACCAUAAGAUUCUACAUAACAAAGAGUUCAAGAAGGACAUAGACAGGAUCCUCGCAAAGGAUAUUGAAAAGAAAGCGAGAAAGAGGCAGAAGAUAGAAAGGAACACAGUUUGGUAA